AUGGCCGCGGCCAUGGGUUUACGGGCCUGCGGGGCGAAGUGGCCUGGCUGGCGCCUGCGCUGCCCGUGGUCUCCGCUCACCGCCGGCUUCUGCAGCCGGGGACUCACUGGGGCCGGGCGGCCGGAGCCCGAGCCGCGACCUACCAGCGCGCGGCAGCGGGACGGCAUCAGGAAAAUUGUCUUGAGCAAUCCAAAGAAGAGGAAUGCAUUGUCACUUGCAAUGCUGAGAUCUCUCCAGAGUGACAUUCUCCAUGAGGCUGACAGCAAAGAUCUGAAAGUCAUUAUAAUUUCAGCUGAGGGGCCUGUGUUUUCUUCUGGGCAUGAUUUAAAGGAACUGACUGAAGAGAAUGGCCAUAAUUAUCAUGCUGAAGUAUUUCAAACCUGUUCUGAGGUCAUGAUGCAGAUCCAGAACCACCCAGUUCCAGUCAUCGCCAUGGUGAACGGCUUGGCCACUGCUGCUGGCUGUCAGCUGGUUGCCAGCUGUGACAUUGCUGUGGCAAGCGACAGAUCCUCUUUUGCCACUCCUGGUGUGACCAUCGGGCUCUUCUGUUCCACCCCAGGUGUGGCCUUGGGAAGGACAUUGCCCAAAAAGGUUGCCUUAGAAAUGCUUUUCACGGGGGAGCCCAUCACUGCUCAGGAGGCACUGUCCCAUGGGCUGCUCAGCAAAGUAGUGCCAGAAGAGCAGCUGGAAGAAGAGACCAUGAAGAUAGCGAAGAAGAUUGCCUCCUUGAGUCGCCCUGUGUUGUCUUUGGGCAAAGCCACCUUCUACAAGCAACUACCUCAAGACCUUAGAACAGCCUAUCACCUCACCUGCCAGACCAUGGUGGACAACUUGACCCUACAGGAUGGAAAGGAAGGAGUCAAGGCCUUUAUCCAGAAGAGAAAACCUAUCUGGUCACAUUGA